AUGGAUAGUGAAGAUAAAAGUUGGAUGGGUCUCCGGAGAUCCACCAAUGAGUAUAUCAGUGGUGUGAAUAACUUUCUUGAUACAGCUUUUGAACGAGCUUCCAAAGGAGAUGAAAUAUUGUGUCCUUGCAAAAAGUGUGCUAAUUGUAAGUGGCAUCAUCGAAAUGUGGUAGAGGAUCACUUGGUUGUUUAUGGGUUUGUGCAAGGGUACACCAAAUGGAUUUUUCAUGGGGAAAGUUUUUCCUCGAGAAAUCAUCCAGAUCAUAAUAAUAAGGAAGGUUCCAACAUGCGUGACAAUAUUGACGGCCUACUUCAUGAUACUUUUAGAGAUGUUGCAGGGGACUUGAGGCUUGAGGGAGUGAGAGAGGGGCUAUCCGAAGAUGCAAAGAAAUUUUUUAAAUUGCUGGAGGAAGGUAAACAAGAGUUAUAUCAUGGGUGUGAGAAUUUCUCUAAGCUGAAUUUCACCAUUCGAUUAUUCUUGUUCAAAUGCAUUCAUGGUUUGAGUAAUGUGGCCUUUGGAGACUUGCUAGACCUGUUAAGAGAGGCAUUUCCAUUUGCUCAUAUACUUGAAUCGUUCCACAAAGCAAAAAAUGUGAUUAAAGAUUUGGGUCUUGAUUAUGAAAAAAUACAUGCAUGUCCUAAUGAUUGCAUGUUAUUUUGGAAGGAAAAUGAAAAGGAAAAUAAUUGCUCUGUUUGUGGCUCGUCUAGAUGGAAGACUGUUAAUGAUCCCUUGACUAAUGAAAGCUCCAAAAUUCCUGCAAAGGUUUUAAGGUACCUUCCCUUAAAACCUAGGCUUCAGAGAAUAUUCAUGUGUCCUGAAACAGCUGCAAAUAUGAAAUGGCAUGAUACUGAACGACCCAAAGAUGGCAACAUAAGGCAUGCGGCUGACGGGGAAGCUUGGAAGAAUUUUGAUUCCUUGCACGAAGAUUUUGCUAGAGAUCCUCGUAAUGUUAGAUUGGGUCUUUCAAGUGAUGGUCCAUCGUCUCCAGGAAAGGAUAUUGAUGUCUACCUUCAACCACUAAUUGCAGAAUUGAAAGAAUUGUGGGAAACUGGGAUGGAAACAUAUGAUGCUGAUUCUAACCAAACUUUUCAAUUGCGUGCAGCCUUAUUGUGGACAAUUAGUGAUUUUCCAGCCUAUGCAAUGCUUUCUGGUUGGAGCACAAAAGGAAGAAAGGCAUGCCCAACUUGUAAUCAUGGGACAUGCUCUCAAUAUCUCAAGCAUAGUCGUAAGAUGUGUUACAUGGGUCAUCGGGCAUUUUUACCUCCUGAUCAUCCAUUUCGAAGAGAUAAGAAAUCAUUUGAUGGUAAAGAAGAUCACAGAUCUGCACCUACUCCCUUAUCAGGCACAGAAGUAUUAGAAGAGUUGCGUGAAUUCAAUAAUGUUUUCGGAAAGGGCCAAAAAAGGAAGCGUCGUGAUAGUGAGGGUCCAUGGAAAAAAAGAUCCAUCUUUUUUGAAUUGCCAUACUGGGAACAUAACAAACUGAGGCACAAUCUUGAUGUGAUGCACAUUGAAAAAAAUAUUUGUGACAGUUUGCUCGGGACUUUGUUGGAUGUAACUGGAAAGUCAAAAGACCAUGUAAAUUCUCGAUAUGACUUGCAAGAAAUGGGGAUAAGAAAGGAGCUUCAACCAGUACAAGAUGAUAAUAGAAGAGUUCAUUUGGCUAAAGCCUGUUUCUCCAUGAAACCAGCAGAAAAGAAGUUAUUUUGCACUGUUCUUAAAAAUGCCAAAUUACCAAAAGGUUGUGUUUCAAAUAUAUCAAGAUGUGUGGAAGUGGAUGAGAUGAAAAUAUCAGGUUACAAGAGCCAUGAUGCUCAUUUCAUAAUGCAUUACUUGCUCCAAAUUGUUGUUAGAAAAGUGUUACCCAAAAAAGUUUCUAUGGCUUUGAUUCGGUUGGAGAACUUCUUUAAAGUCAUAAGUAGCAAGGUGAUAAGGCGAGCAGAUCUUGAUACAAUGCAGUCUAAGAUCUAUGAGAUUAUAUGUGACUUUGAAAAGAUUUUCCCUCCAUCUUUUUUUGAUAUAAUGGUACAUUUGCCCAUCCAUUUAGUAAAUGAAAUUAAGCUUGGGGGUCCGAUACAUCUUCGUUGGAUGUAUUCCACUGAAAGAAACCUAUGUUUCUUCAAGGGGCUUGUUCGUAAUCGAUUUCAUCUAGAAGCAUCAAUACUAGAGGGAUUCGUGGCACUAGAGCGCGUGAAUUUAUGUUCUAGAUACCUACAUGCUGGGGUGAAAACAAAAUUUAGUCGAUACCAAUUAGAGGAUGAGCAGGGAACUGAAACAGAGGGAGGUAAUUUGUCACCUAUAUUCCCUAAAUUUGGCCAUCCGAUUGGAAGGGAGAAAAAAAGCAAGGGCAAUAAUUUUCACAUGGAUCUCCAGUUAUGUGUUGAUAUACAUCGAUAUGUAUUGCUUAAUACCGGAGAUGAAAAAAUGGAGACCUUUAUCAUGGAACAUAAGAUUGUAAUUGACAAUCAUAGUAGAUCAAAUGCAUGGAUUAGAGCACAAAAUCAUAGUCAAGAAUUUGGCAACUGGUUUAAGGAGAAAGUGAAAUCUGUUGAAGUGCCUGAACAUUUACGACAACUCGCUAAAGGGCCUAAUACUGCGGCAAAAAGAUAUACAGCAUAUUUCAUCAAUGGAUAUCGAUUUCAUACAAUGAAACGAGAUAGUCAAGGUAAGACCCAGAACUAUGGAGUGACUUUAUCAGCAACAACUGAUAGUUUUGCUAGUGCUAGAGACCAAAACCCCAUUGAUGGAGAAGUUGUCUAUUAUAGAGUUAUUCAAGAUAUCAUAGAGAUUGAUUAUUGGGGUUGCUUUAGUGUUGUGUUGUUUAAAUGUGAUUGUACUGAAGAUCCAUUUGUACUGGCAUCUCAAGUGCAUCAAGUUUUCUAUGUAGAGGAUCCAAUUGAGAAAGAUGUUUAUUAUGCAAGGACCAAAGUUCAUGUUGAUUUAUUUGAUUUAGAAGAAGAGAAUUGCCCUAAUAUUGGAGAAAUAUUUUUUGGGGAGCCAGACAAUGACAUUGGACCAUCAAAUGGGAUACCUGAUGCUGAUGUUGAUCUCAGAUGGUCAAGAGAAGAUGUACCUGGUGAUGUCAUUGAUAUGCCAACUCAUGAUCAACAUUCAGAAUAUAUGGAAGAAGAUAUGGACACAUCAGAAGAAGAUGAGGACUUUGAUGAUGUCGAUUGGGAUUGGAUGGUGGCUGAUGAUUGA